ACAAAGAAAUUUCAAAGUGAAGUUCCUAUCGAAUAAUUAUCAGCUUAAGAUAUCUGCUGACUGCUUGGUCUAUGAAUGAAUUUAUUGACUAUGCAUUCUCGCUGGAGGUUGAUCCCUUCAGCUUUCCCACACAUCAGUGAUUCUUGCACUUCUUAUUAUUUACCAAUAUUCAUACCCAAUCAAUUGCGAAGUAGGAAUUGUAGAGCUGAUAUCAGAAGAGCUUUAUCAAGUCGAGUCAAGAAGACGAGAGUAAAAGGCCUAAAAAGAAAAGAGAACACUAAAUUACCCAAUGGUGAUCUGCUGGAUAAGGAAAAUAACACCAUAUCUUCUGUUGUAGGGGAGGCAGGGAGUUCUAAAAAAAUCCCAUCUAGGGUUUCUGUGCUCCAGGCAUGCACUGUUACAUCUGGUUUAAUGGGUCUUUUGGGCCUUUUGAUUCGUCAGGUCUCUCAUGCAUCACAAGAAGGAUUGCCUAUUGCUGACUGCUCUGCUGAAUUUUCAUUUGGCUCCAAUGCAGGGGAUUUUCAGGUGUGGCAUCUUAAGUUGAUUAUGGGGCUGGUUGUAUUGGUAUCAUCAGGCCGAUAUUUACUGUUGAAGACUUGUCCAGAUUUUGCUGAAUCUAGUGAAGCAGCAAAUAGACAGGUUCUUACUUCUCUUGAACCAUUUGAUUACAUUGUCGUGUCAUUUCUUCCUGGAGUUAGCGAGGAGUUUCUUUUCCGUGGUGCACUAUUGCCUCUUUUCGGUGUCAAUUGGCCAAGUGUUCUGGCUGUUGCUGCUGUCUUUGGAAUAUUACACUUGGGCAGCGGCCGAAAAUAUUCAUUUGCGAUAUGGGCAACAUUUGUGGGGCUCGUCUAUGGCUAUGCGACAAUGUUGACGUCAAGUAUUACUGUUGCAAUGGCUGCUCAUUCUUUGAAUAACUUGGUAGGAGGAAUCAUAUGGCGUUCCACAACAAGCCAUUCAAAAUAGAUUGGAAGUGUAUUAAAAAUAUUAGCAAGUCUUCUGUUGUAUCUGUUCCCUUCCCUAUAAAUGACACCACCAGCCACCUGAUGGGGAAGCCAUAAGCCCAUAAUUUUAAUAUAAAGCUUUUCAAUUGAUCCAUUAGACAGCCCUGUGUAGUUAUCAUUAUAGUGUGUAUAGAUUUUUUUGAAUAAUUAAUAUCUUUGAGGCCUUGGGCCUUGCUUUGAGAAUUCAAAAAUCUUCAAAGCAAUUGGGAUUUGGGAACGUAACUAUAUUGUCUAGCCAUUAGGUCGUAUUUAAUUACACAUAUUUGCCUUAAAGUUACACCCGUUUCAAGAGGGUCAUUUUAUACUAUCC